AUGUCCAGCUGUAGGACGAGUAUUGUGUCCAUUCUGAAUAACGAUGAUAACCCAUCCUUUGCGGUCCGCUCCGCUCCCCGAUUUACUCGGACUCACACAUCCCCAUCACACUAUCCACAUUCAGAGCAACUACCCCCACCCUCCAGCGACCCGCAGUACACCCGUCCCCCAGCUUCAUCCGAAUCUCCAGCAACAUCACCACGAGGGACGAGGCAUCACCCGGACGCGGUGACCGAAGCCGUCCAACCCGUCUCACCCGGGUCAUCGGACGGCUCAGCUUACGACUACUUCACCAGUCAACGAUCAGCUUAUCACCCGUAUGCCCGGCAGGAUCCGCGACGGGAACCAUAUCAAUUCCCAUCUCGUGGGCCAGCAGCUCCUCGAACGCCACCUGAGACUCGUUCGAGUACAUCCGAAACGGCCUCUUCUCAGACCGGGGCGACCCGGGGCACAGGUCGAAAGAACAAGUACCCAUGCCCCUAUGCCGCGAGCCAUGGGUGUUCUUCAACGUUUACAACUUCGGGCCAUGCCGCGCGUCACGGCAAGAAGCACACUGGCGAAAAGAGUGUUCACUGUCCAAUCUGUAAUAAAGCCUUUACGAGAAAAGACAAUAUGAAACAGCACAUUCGGACUCACCGCACGCACUCGGACGAGAUGCGCUCUACUUCGGAGCCAGAGACCGAUGCUCGGUGGGCGAUGGCUCGUCCCGGCUCGGCAUACGCCUCGACUUCCCAUCAGCGCAACAUCAGUCAACCCAUGGAGGCAGUUGUCCGGUCUCUCCCAGGGGCUGCCCCACCGGCGCCCUAA